GGUCCGUAACUAUGAGGGUCCGUAAUUAUGUAGGUCCGUAACUAUAAGGGUCCGUAACUAUGAGGGUCCGUAACUAUGAGGGUCCGUAAUUAUGUAGGUCCGUAACUAUAAGGGUCCGUAACUAUGAGGGUCCGUAACUAUGAGGGUCCGUAAUUAUGUGGGUCCGUAACUAUGAGGGUCCGUAAUAAUGAGUCCGUAAUUAUGAGGGCCCUUAAUCAUGUGGUUCCGUAACUAUGAACGUCCGUAAUAAUGAGUCCGUAACUAUGAGGGUCCGUAAUUAUGAGAGCCCGUAAUUAUGUGGGUCCGUAACUAUGUGGUUAUCUAGGCUCCUCCUCCUCCGAGAUCCACCGCUACCACUGGCUGACACACUGGCGCAGGUCAUGACGAGUCACCAGGUAUAUAUAUACAGUAUAUACUGGGCGAGGUGGCGGACAACAUGCAGUAUACAGGUUGGUGAAUCAUGGUAGAUAUCUGAGCUACUAACACCCGAUAUCUGACCUGCUAACACCCGAUAUCUGAGCUACCAGCACCCGAUAUCUGAACUGCCAACACCCGAUAUUUGAGCUGCCAACACCUUAUAAUUGAGUUGCCAACAUCCGAUAUCUGAACUUCCAACACCUUAUAUCUGAGCUGCCAUUAUCCGAUAUCUGAGCUGUCAACACCUUAUAAUUGAGCUGUCAACACCCGAUAUCUGAACUUCCAACACCCAACAUCUGAGCUGCCAACACCUGAUAUAGUCCAGGUGUUUCCCAACGCUACAACAACAAAGAGGUAGACCGUGGUGGUGUUGGUGGAGGGAAGGAUGGCACGGCCGCUGUCGGAAAUACUGGAGGAUCCACAAGUGUACCAAGACCUAGAAAACAACCCUCACUCCUUCAGGUUCAAGGAAGGGGCAGUGAUGAUGGUGUCUACUGUACAUCGGCCGCCUCACGUAGAGCUCCUCAAAGAUCAUCACGGCCGCCUGACAAUAACAGGUCCUCUGGCUAACCUUAUGGACGCUGUCGCUCACUCGCUUAACUUUACGUACAAGAUAGUGACGCCCCCUGACGGCACUUACGGCACUCAGUCAGCUAACGGGUCAUGGUCAGGCAUGAUGGGUCAGGUGGUGAGGAAGGAGGCUGACGUCUCCCUGGGACCCUUCGCAAUAUCGUGGAAGAGGAACCAGGCUGUUGAUUUCGCUCAUCACUACAUCUUCGACUACGCCAGCAUGAUAAAGAGUAAAGGUCUGCCGGAGAUUGACCCAUGGGGCUUCCUGUUCCCCCUACAACCCAAGGUGUGGGCGGCACUAUUAGCAGGACUGCUGGUGGCCUGGUUGGCAAUACUGGUGCUGGGUCACAACCCCGAUGGGUCCAGGAAGGUCAACAGGGCUUCUGACCUCUUUUUCCAACACCUGAGAAUUAUUCUUCGACAGGACAUGUCAGGAGUGAGGCGUGGAAGUGAGAUGGUGUUGUUGGGGGGGUGGCUGGUGGUGGCCAUGAUGGUGACAUGGAGUUACACAGGUAACUUGGUCUCCCUGCUGGCGGUGCGACACAUCCCUCAACCCAUCCAGACGGUGAGGGACGUAGUGCAGGAUCCCAACCUGAAGGUCAUCCUCGAACCAAAAACUAUCGUGACGUCAUUCCUCGAGAACAUUGAAUCUGGGGACCUGCGGGCGAUGGGAGACUUGAUGUACAUAGGACGUGUGAAGUACCGCAUCACCUCUACACUACUGGACGCUGUGGACACUCUGGUACGAGACGGUGACCACGUCCUCGUGACCAUCAAGAUCGGCUUGAUCAAGUUUAUCUCUGAACUCUCCUCCAGAACCGGUCGAUGUGACUUUUAUAUUGUUCGCGAGAAUUUGAUCCACGUCUUCCAGUGUAUGGUUGGCCAGAAGGGAAACCCCAUAGUUCCUGCCAUUAGUCACAGGAUCCGCGCGCUGGUGGAGUCUGGCUUGUAUGAGUACUGGCUUAUGAGCAACAUCCCCUUUAUAGAAAACUGCCGCCGCUCACCCUCCAAGAUCACUGUGGUGGAACCCCUGGCCCUCACCAACCUGUGGGGGAUGUUCGUGCUGCUUGUGGGGGGAAACCUGCUGGCACUCCUCACCUUCAGUCUGGAACUCUGCAUCACCAGAAAGGCUGGAGUCAAAGCCUCUUAGACGUCUAAGCCUCUUCCCCUGGAUGCUUUACGUUGUACCACAAAGGAAAUGUAUAUUAAAACUUGUAUGGCAAUGA